GCAACCAAAUAAACGAAACAUGGCGUCAGAUUUAAAUAGAAAGUCAGUUUAGUGUGCUGGGUGUGACAGCUUUCAGUCCCCUUGUCGCUGGCCUUUCCUUUCCAAGGAAAAGGUGAAGUGGAGCUGCGGACAUGCCCACCGAUCAGCCCGCUGCUGCGAAGUCUCGGAACAGCAGUAAAACGGCACCCAAGCCGAAGGAGGGAGCGUACGCGAAGCCUGGCGGUCCCAGGACGCCCCCUCGGAGACACGCGGCGCAGUCGUCCAAAGAGCCCCAGGAUGAGAGCGUGAGAUUGAAAGAGAUUAUUUCUCACCUUCAACAUCAGCUACGAAAUUCUCAGCCGCCAGAGGCGGACAGCUUCAGUGUGUGUUCCAAGCUGAGAUGGAAAGUCAAUGAGCUGGAAAAAGAAAAGUUGGAAUUGUCCUCAAAGUACAAUGAAGAGGUGUCCAAGUAUGAAGGGCAGUUGGCCAAACUCCGGGCUGCAGUGGAGAGGGGAGAGGCCCAGAGACAGAACCUGGAGUAUGAGAUUGCUGUGGUCCGGAAGGAGGCCGCAGCUGAGAAGGCCACCGUGGCAGGAAAGAUGGAAGGCCUGUACAGAAAAAGCAACCAAAUGAAAGUCCACAGCACUGAGCUGCAGCAGAGGGUCUCUGACUUGGAGAAGGCCUUGGUCAUCAUUCGUCAGGCCAGAGAGGAGGACCAGCAUGCCCUGCAACUGGAGUUAGAAGAGAGAGACAGGCUGCUGCUGGGCGCCAAUGCCGAGAACGAUGUCCUCUGCACGGAAAACAAGCGUCUGCAGGCCCUGCUCCAGGAUCGGGAGGACACUUUUCUGGAGCUGCAGAGGAAGCUGGAGCAGGUGGAGCGAGAACGAGAGAAAGAUGGGCAGAACCUGUGCAGGCUGGCCGGCCAGUUGCAGUACACAACAGAGCGAGAGGGGAGCCUCAGGAAGGAGCUCGAGGUUGCUCAGCAGAGAGUGAAGAGCCUGGAGGCGAAUGUAGAGUCUGAACGUGCUUCUCACUUAGAGUCCAAGUUCAGCUGUGAAGUCAUCCAGCUGCGGCUCCGGGACCUGGAAACAGCGCUGGAGGUGGAGAAGAGCAGCCAGGCGGAGGCGCUGUCCAGCCUGGAGCUCAUGAAACAGAAGUUCCGUGAGGUGGAGCAGGCGUAUGAGCAGGAGAGAGACAAGGCCAGGGAUUCACAGGAGAAACUUUCCCAGUUGGAGAAAGACUGUUUGUCCAAGAAGUCUGAGCUGAGUGAAGAGCUGGAGGAGAGGAGCAGAGCUUUGGAGGAAAUGAGGCAGAAAGUGAAGGACUGCGAGAGCCUGCGACGUGAGUGUCAACAAGAGUUGGACGAGGCGAGGAGGCGGCAGGCCGCUGCGGAGAAGAUGUACGAGAGCUGCAUGACUGAAGUGGAGCAGCUGCUGCAGCAGUGUGGAGUCCCAGGGCCGCAGGGUGCAGGAGAGACAGGAACUGCUGUCAGGCUAAAACCCUCUUCCAUGUUAGAGAGUCUGAAAUGGACGUUGAACUAUUACCAGGACUCGCUGCAGAAGACUUCCAGUGAGGUGUUGGAUCUGACAAAGAAGUACGAAACAGCCACUCGGGAAUGUAAAUGUUUUGAAGAAGACCUCCGGAGACAGAAGAAAAAUAUAGAGGAAGCCCACAUCAAGCUCGCCUGUGCCCAGAGUGAGGUGACAGCACUGCGCUCGAGCUGCACGGAAAGCACAACCAUGGCCGAACGGACGCAGGCAGAGCUGCGUAGCGCCCAGCGCCGCUGGGAGUCGGAGAGGGAGCGCUCGGCGGCGGCUCAGGAGGAAAGCCGCCGGCUUACAGAGGCUUACCAGCAGGACUCGCAGGAGAAGCUGACCUUUCUCCACGACCUGUACCAGCGCCUGGUAGCAGGCUGUGUGCUAAUAAAACAACCCGAGGGCCUGCUGGGAAGCUUCUCCUGGCCGGAGCUGCGCGCCGUCCUGCAGGAACAUGCCGAUGCCUUGACCUCCGACCUCCGACGAGCUAACGAGAAGAUCUCCCAUCUGGAGUGUGUGCGCAAGAGCAAGGAGGGGCUCGUUCGGGAGCUCCAGCAGAGCCACGAGAGCACCUUGAGCAAGCUGGCCGAGCAGGUGAAGAAGCAGGAGGAGACCUGGCAGAGACAGAGGCAGGACCUGGAGCAGCACCACGCUGACCUACGUGCCGAGCUGGGCGCUAGAGCACAGAGGUGGCAGGCAGCUGCUGAGGAGGCCCAGGCGAAGGUUGCCGCUCUGGAGAAGAUGAAGAGUCAGGCGUCUGUGGAGCUGGUGCACUACUGCAACCUCCUGGGCAAGUCCCGGCGUGAGGGCGCCGCCUUGCUGGCGGCGUGCGGACUGCUGUUGGGGGCGUUGGGUCCGCUUCGUUGGCGGUUGGCCGCCUUGGGGGGCCAGAAGGCCCUGCUCCUGGGGCAACUGCGCGCCCGAGAGGCCUUCGAGGCAGAGGUUUGCUCCUUGGCGCGCGCUCUGGAGCCCGAAGCUGAGGCCGAUGGAUUCCACCUCCGCAAGUUCCGAAAGUGCGCCAUUGCCGUGAUGGCAGCAAACCGCCUGAGGAGGCUUGCCCUGCGCUCCCCAAUACUGUUCACUGUACGCGCCGGCUCCUCGGACCUGCCAGCCCUGUCCGUUUGCCCUCUGGGAACCAGAUCGACGUUCCCGUGUGACAGCCAGGACAGGCAGCAGUGGCAGAAAGACAUCGCUCCGCGGUGGCUCUCCAACAAGGAGCUGCUGUCUCUUCUCCUCAGCACCAUUGGAGACCUGCAGGAUCUGGUGCCCGCAGCAGAGUCUGGUUCCCAGCACUCAGGGUCCCUGCUGAUGGCCGCUGCGCAGGGCUGUCUCUCCCAGCUGGUGGAGCGGUUGCUGGCUGAGUCGGACCGGGACUACGGUGCGUGUGGCCUGGACCGGGGCGAGCUGAGCCGCAGGCUAGGCCGAGGUCUGCGCAGACUCAAUGCCAUGACGGCCCGUGGCACCGUUCCCGCUGUGCUAACAAGAAAGCGCAUGGCGGCAGUCCUGCAGCAGCACAUCCUGCACUUCACGCAGCGCCUGCACGCUGCAGAGGUGGAGCGCCGCAGUCUCCGUCUCGAGCUGGCCCACAUGAAAGGCACGGCACGGGAAGCAAAGGGAGAGGCCGGUCGUCGGCAUGCCGCGGACGUGCCUGCGGAGCGCUUCGACACCGUGUGCCGGGAGCUGCGCAGCGCUCUGGAGCGGGAGCAGCAGGCCCAAGCCCUGCUUCAUGAACAGGCGCAGCAGCUGCACGAGCUGGGCCUCCGGCUGGAGCUCCACUCCGGGGAGGAGGCCGAGAAGAACCGCACGCUGGCUGAUGCUGUCAGGAGCUUGUCAGAGGCCAAGGCAGAGCUGCGGAGAAAGGAUCAGUCCCUUCGUCAGCUGGGCAAGCACCUCUCGCGCCUUCAGCAGGACAGGCGGCAGCUGGAGCAAUGUGCACGCGAUGCGGAGAUGGCCCUCCGCGUGGCAGCCAAGGGCAAGGACACUUUAGCAAGUUACAUGAAGUCAGUUGAAGGCUGUCUCAAAGAAGUCAAAGAGCGCGUCUCCCUGUCACAGGCCGCUGCCACUGGGGACGACUUUGCCCUGCGGCUACCCAGCGUGCACCUGGGCCUGUCAGGGGCCGAGCGGCUCACAAGCGGGGCUGACGUGGCGGCGUGUCAGAGUUUCCUGUCCACCUUUGUGGAGGUGUACCAAUUGGCUUGCUCACGGAUCGUGCUGCUGGAGAAGGAGAUCUCCUCCCAAAGAGCCCACGCUGCUGCCUUGAAGGCGGAGCUGCAGGAAGCCUGUCUUCGGGAGAACCAAGAUGUCCCGGUGCCCGAGUCUGCAGAGUGUGACCUCCUGACACCAGUACCUCAGACAGCUCCAGGGUUCGAGUCUCUGCAGCCAGAAGCGGACGGCUCUUUCAGACGCGGCGCGGGAAACUUGCGGCCGAGCCAACCGAUCCCGCCUCACGGGGGCGCUGUCAAGACCCGAGGGCGCCGCAAGUCUUCGAGACGCUCCUUCCCCGGGCACUGCUCCGAAAAAUAAAUAAUCCCCUUGUAUAAAAGCGUCCAAUGAUCCCUGGAUGCACUGUUUCUAAUGUCUCCAGCACUGUUUAUUCUUAGCUGAUGGGGGAUCUGGCCUCAUCUCACAUGGGCCAAAUGAACUGUAACCAGUUAUUUAUCUCUUUGUGCUGACAGUGACGCUAACGAUACUGUAUUUUUAUUGUUUUCCAGUCCUAUAAAUCACAUUGAAUACAUCGCUGA